CACACACACACACACACACACACGGUCAUGCAGAGGGAGAGAAGGCGAAGGGGGAGGGAGAAAGAGUCUGAGGUAGAGCGCCACACACAACGAGGGAACCCCAUCAGCUGGAAGUCGAGUAACAUUACAAUUCUCGCUCCGGACGAAGGAUUCACAUCUUCCCUGAGGAUCGCGGGCUUUUAUUUUUAUCUAGAGACUUUAUUUUUAUUUUCAUUUUUAGUAGCGGGGACCAAACUGGCGAGAGGCGAGCAUGGAGUAUUUCAUGGUACCAGCUCAGAAGGUGCCCUCAUUACAGCAUUUCAGGAAAACGGACAAAGAAGUGAUUGGUGGUCUUUGUAGUCUGGCCAACAUUCCUCUGACCCCAGAAACAGCCCGGGACCAAGAGAGGCGCAUACGCAGAGAGAUCGCCAACAGCAACGAGCGUCGGCGUAUGCAGAGCAUCAAUGCUGGAUUCCAGUCACUUAAAACACUCAUCCCACACAGCGAUGGAGAAAAGCUCAGCAAGGCUGCCAUCCUGCAACAAACUGCAGACUACAUUUUUACUUUGGAGCAGGAAAAAACACGGCUAUUGCAGCAGAACAGUCAGCUUAAACGAAUCAUACAGGAGUUAAGUGGUUCCUCCCCAAAGAGGAGGCGUGCAGAGGAGAAAGAUGAAGGCAUUGGCUCACCAGACAUUCUGGAGGAAGAGAAGACUGAAGACUUAAGGAGGGAGAUGAUUGAGUUAAGGCAGCAACUGGAAAAGGAACGCUCAGUCAGGAUGAUACUGGAAGAUCAGAUGCGUUCCCUGGAUGCACAGUUGUAUCCAGAGAAACUGAAGGCCAUUGCCCAGCAGUUCCAGGAGCAACAGGCCCAAACGCAAAGCCUCGUUUGUUUGCAGCAGCAGAAACAGCUGGAGAGGGACUUCACUCCAGCCCACAGCCCUCAGGUGUUGUCUCCUGCUACUCCACCUGCACCUACACAUCAUGCUACAGUCAUCGUUCCUGCUCCUGCUCAAACUCCACAACCUCAUCAUGUUACCGUGGUUACCAUGGGCCCAGCAUCAGUUAUCAAUUCGGUGUCCACGUCUCGACAGAAUCUCGACACCAUCGUUCAAGCAAUCCAGCACAUCGAGGGCACCCAGGGGAAGGGCUUCGAGGAAGAGCAACGCAGGGCGGUUAUCGUCACCUCGGGACGCAUCCUCUCUGAUGCAGCAGGCUCAGAUACAGCCUCAAACAGCGAUGGGCCAGAUGACUGUUCGCUGCCUUGAGUUCAUCCCUAAAAUCUUGCAUAUAACACACACACUUACACACAAACGGCCCAAGCAGACCAGCGCUACAGGAGGCUACAAAGUCUCAGCACUUUUGUUCUGUGGACAGGGCUGGUGAUCCGAUCGAAGCACUCGUUUUUAAUUUUCUGUUUCAUCUUUUUCUACUUUUCAAAACGCACCAAGUUUUACCGUGAUAGACCGCUGAAAUAGGUUUACACUCCUACACUCAC